UUAGUGUUUAGGAAAAACAAGCUGUAAAUAUAUAGAGAGAAAUGAGUGAAUGAUCUAUCUUCUCUACCAGGACAGGUCGUCUAGAAAAAGACCAGGAAGAUGUGUGUCCUCACAACCUAUUCACACAAAUACCUGAAUUGAUCAAACCCCGUCCGCCUCUUCUUGACUUGUGAUGGAGUCCGCUAUCGGUGUGCUGGUGUCCCAAUUCAAGGCGUACGCUGGCAGCGAUGGCUCCUCUGACACACUGAGCAGAGAUGAGUUCCACAGGCUGGUCACAUCAGAGCUCCCUACAUUUGUGAAGAAUGCUGCCGACCCCGCUGCCAUUGACCAGCUCAUGAGCUCAUUGGACAAGAACAAUGAUGGAGAGCUCAACUUCAUGGAGUUCUGGCAGCUGAUUGGGCAUCUUGCUAGCAAGCAUGGGGGGUUCGGCCAAUAGAGUGUCCUCAGAUACUCUCUUACAGUUUCAUGCGUAUUACUGACUUGUCUGUGUGCCAUACAGUUUGAAAAAAUGGGAAAACUGCCAAAUGGAAAACACCCUAAAGUCACAAUGCUGUGUUUUUAACCAGAAGUCUGUGUUUAUCUCACCAGCAACUGCUGAACAGGCACAGACUGACAGAAUACUAUUGAACAAUCUGCAAUAUUAAAACCAGUCCUAGCUGUUUUCCCAGCACACACUGAAACAAAAACAGUCGCAGCUGCUUGUGCUUACAGGUCUAUGGGGGAGUUGCAGUGUGUGUGUGUGUGUGUGUGUGUGCGCGUGUGUGCGCGCGUGUGUGUGUGUCUUGUGAUCUUCAUCAUCUCCCUCUCAGACACAAACAGCAGUGUGCUGCUG